AUGUCUAAUCUCACCACCGACGAAAAAUUCAACCUCAUCACUCGUAACCUUCAAGAAGUUCUUGGUGAAGAGGAAUUGAAAAAGAUUUUAGCUGAACGGGACCUAAAGAUGUAUUGGGGUACUGCCCCUACUGGCAAGCCUCAUAUCGCUUAUUUCGUUCCUAUGUCUAAAAUUGCCGAUUUCUUGGCUGCUGGUGUUGAGAUGACUGUUCUUAUUGCCGAUCUUCACGCCUUUUUGGACAACAUGAAGGCUCCUUUAGAGCUUGUUCAACAUCGUGCUAAAUACUACGAAGUUAUGAUCAAGACAAUUUUGACUUCUAUUGGUGUUCCUAUCAACAAACUCAAGUUUGUCACUGGUUCGUCUUACGAACUCUCAAAAGAAUACACCAUGGAUAAUUUCCGUUUGUGUGCUCUCGUCACUGAACACGAUGCCAAACGUGCAGGUGCUGAAGUUGUCAAACAGGUUGCUUCCCCUCUUUUGUCUGGUUUAUUGUAUCCUGGUAUGCAAGCUCUUGAUGAAGAAUAUUUGGGCGUUGAUGCUCAAUUCGGCGGUGUCGAUCAGCGUAAAAUCUUCAUCUUGGCCGAAAAGUACUUGCCUCAAUUGGGUUAUAAAAAGCGUGUUCAUUUGAUGAAUCCUAUGGUUCCUGGUUUGACCGGCUCCAAGAUGUCUGCUUCUGAUCCUGAUUCAAAGAUUGACCUUUUGGAUAGCCCCAAGGAUGUCGCUAAAAAGAUCAAGAAGGCUUUUUGUGAGGAAGGCAACAUUGAAGAAAAUGGUGUCUUGGCUUUUGUCAAGAAUAUCUAUUUUCCCUUGAAGACGGUGAAUGGUGGUAAGGCACAAUUCACUGCCAUUCGCCCCGAACAAUAUGGCGGCAAUCUUGUUUAUGAUAACUACGAGGAUCUCGAAAAGGAUUUCGCUGAUAGAAAAUUGCAUCCUGGCGAUUUGAAGGCUGGUGUUAUUGCUGCUUUGAAUGAAUUAUUAGAUCCCAUUAGAAAGGCAUUUGAAGACCCCGAAAUGAAGAAGUUGGUAGAAUUGGCCUAUCCCGCUCCUAAGCCUGUUGAAAAAGUGAACCCUAAGAAGGAAAAGAAGGAAAAGAAGAAGGCAGAAAGAGCUGCUGCUUUAGCUGCCAAGGCUGCUGCAGCUGCUGCCGCUGGCGAAAAUGGUGAAGCUGCUCCCGCUGCCACUACGGAAGAAAAGAAGGAGAACGUUGACACUACUUCUAAUACUACUGCUGCUACCUCAACAAUUGAUACUACUUCUACUUCAUCAUAG